AUGGCAGCCACCCUGCUCAUGGCUGGGUCCCAGGCACCUGUGACAUUUGAAGAUAUGGCCAUGUACCUCACCCGGGAAGAAUGGAGGCCUCUGGACCCUACACAAAGGGACAUUUACAGGGAUGUUAUGCAGGAGAAUUAUGGAAAUGUUGUCUCAUUAGAUUUUGAAAUCAGGAGUGAAAACGAGGUGAAUCCAAAGCAAGAGAUUAGUGAAGAUGUAGAAUUUGAGACUGCAUCUGAAAGACCUGUUGGUAAUACUGAGGAAAAUCCUGAAAGUGAAGAGGCCUUUGACAACAGGGAUAGAUCAGAAAGACAAUGGGGAGAUUUAACGGCAGAAGAGUGGGUAAGCUAUCCUCUCCAGCAAGUCACAGAUCUGCUUGUCCACAAAGAAGUCCACACAAGCAUCCGAUAUCAUAUAUGUUCUCAUUGUGGAAAGGCCUUUAGUCAGAUCUCAGACCUUAAUCGGCAUCAGAAAACCCACACGGGUGACAGACCCUAUAAGUGUUAUGAAUGUGGGAAGGGCUUCAGUCGGAGUUCCCACCUUAUUCAACAUCAAAGAACACACACUGGGGAGAGGCCCUAUGACUGUAACGAAUGUGGGAAAAGUUUUGGAAGAAGCUCUCACCUCAUUCAGCAUCAGACAAUCCACACUGGAGAAAAGCCUCACAAAUGUAAUGAGUGUGGGAAGAGUUUCUGCCGGCUGUCUCACCUCAUCCAGCACCAAAGGACCCACAGUGGGGAAAAACCCUACGAGUGUGAGGAGUGUGGGAAAAGCUUCAGCCGGAGCUCUCACCUAGCUCAGCACCAGAGGACCCACACCGGUGAGAAGCCUUAUGAAUGUAACGAAUGCGGGCGAGGCUUCAGUGAGAGAUCUGAUCUCAUCAAACACUAUCGCGUCCACACAGGGGAGAGACCCUACAAGUGUGAUGAGUGUGGGAAGAAUUUCAGUCAGAACUCUGACCUUGUGCGCCAUCGCAGAGCCCACACGGGGGAAAAGCCGUACCACUGUAAUGAAUGUGGGGAGAAUUUCAGUCGCAUCUCACACUUGGUUCAGCACCAGAGAACCCACACUGGGGAAAAGCCAUAUGAAUGUAAUGCCUGUGGGAAAAGCUUCAGCCGGAGCUCUCACCUCAUCACACACCAGAAAAUUCACACUGGAGAGAAGCCCUACGAGUGCAACGAGUGUUGGCGAAGCUUUGGUGAAAGGUCAGACCUAAUUAAACACCAGAGAACCCACACAGGAGAGAAACCCUAUGAGUGUGUGCAGUGUGGAAAAGGAUUCACCCAGAGCUCUAACCUCAUCACACAUCAAAGAGUUCAUACAGGAGAAAAGCCUUAUGAAUGUACAGAAUGUGAGAAGAGUUUCAGCCGGAGCUCAGCUCUUAUUAAACAUAAAAGAGUGCACACUGACUAA